AUGUUUAACUCCAAUAUCGUCGCCUUCUUUGCUCUCGCUACUCUCGUCGGGGCCAACCCGUUGGAGCGCCGUGAAGCUACCAAUGUCUUUCCAAACCCCCCUACCACCAGCUCUCUGAGCAAGCCCAUCACUGUCAAGGCCGGGCAGACCUUCACACCACCCACCGCAUACACCAGAUACGAUCGUGGCUCUGGCGCAUGCAACGGGCAGAGCGAGGGCGGCGACGCAGAUGCUGUCUUCCUCCUGGAGGAGGGAGCCACCCUGAGCCGCGUCGUCAUCGGUCCCAACCAAUCUGAGGGUGUCCAUUGCCUUGGUUCCUGCACUCUUGAUCAUGUUUUCUUCGAGGACGUCUGCGAGGACGCUGUUACCAUCAAACAAAAGAGCGGAACGAGCCGCAUCAACUAUGGAGGAGCUAAGCAUGCCAGCGAUAAAGUCAUACAACACAACGGCGGUGGAACGGUUAUCAUUAACUCUUUCUACGUCGAGGACUUUGGGAAGCUCUACCGAAGCUGCGGAAACUGCGGCACCCAAUACACACGCCACGUCCAAAUCAAUGACGUCUGGGCGGUUAAAGGGAAGAAUCUGGCCGGAAUUAACACAAACUAUGGCGAUACCGCGAAGAUCAGGACCACGAAGGUUUCUAGCGUCAGCAGCAUCUGCGACAAGUAUACCGGAAACAACAGUGGCAAGGAGCCCACCAAGACUGGCAGUGGACCGGACAGCCAGGUAUCAUUCUUCCGUACCCUGCUUGCUGAACCCCUCAUUUAA